AUGGGAAAGAGAGUGGCCAUCAUCGGAGCUGGUGUCAGUGGCUUGGCCACCAUCAGAAGCUGUCUGGAAGAAGGACUGGAGCCCACCUGCUUUGAGAAGAGUGAAGAUAUUGGGGGCUUGUGGAAAUUCUCGGACCAUGCAGAGGAAGGCAGGGCCAGUAUUUACCAGUCUGUCUUUACCAACUCUUCCAAAGAGAUGAUGUGUUUCUCAGACUUCCCAUAUCCCGAUCACUUCCCUAACUUUAUGCACAACAACAAGAUCCAGGAAUAUAUCACUGUAUUUGCCAAGGAAAAGAACCUCCUGAAAUACAUACAAUUUAAGACACUCGUAUCUAGUGUAAAUAAACGUCCCGAUUUCUCAGUCACCGGCCAAUGGGAUGUUACCACUGAAAGGGAUGGUAAAAAAGAAUCCACUGUCUUUGAUGCUGUAUUAAUUUGUUCUGGACACCACGUGUACCCCAACCUACCAAAAGAGUCCUUUCCAGGACUAAAACUUUUUAAAGGCAAAUGCUUCCACAGCCGGGAAUACAAGGAACCAGGAAUAUUCAAGGGGAAGCGAGUCCUGGUGAUUGGCCUGGGAAACUCGGGCUGUGAUAUUGCCACAGAACUCAGCCGCACAGCUAAACAGGUCAUCAUCAGUUCCAGAAGUGGCUCCUGGGUGAUAAGCCGGGUCUGGGAUGAUGGUUAUCCAUGGGACAUGGUGUUGGUCAAUCGAUUUGAAACCUUCCUCAAGAACAACUUGCCAAAAGCCAUCUCUGACUGGUGGUACAAGAAGAAAAUGAAUGCAAAAUUCAAGCACGAGAACUAUGGUUUGAUGCCUUUAAAUGGAGCCCUGAGGAAAGAACCUGUGUUUAAUGAUGAGCUCCCAGCCUGCAUUCUGUGUGGCACAGUGUCCAUUAAGCCUAAUGUCAAAGAAUUCACAGAGACUUCGGCCAUUUUUGAGGAUGGGACAGUGUUUGAAGCCAUCGACUGUGUCAUUUUUGCAACAGGCUAUGGUUAUGCCUACCCCUUCUUUGAUGAGUCUAUCAUUAAGAGCAGAAACAAUGAGAUCACCUUGUUUAAAGACAUUUUCCCUCCUUCACUGGAGAAGCCAACCCUGGGAAUAAUUGGUUUGGUCCAGUCCCUUGGGGCUGCCAUUCCCACAGUUGACCUGCAAGCUCGCUGGGCAGUAAAAGUAGUAAAAGGAACUUGCACUUUGCCUUCUAUAACAGACAUGAUGAAUGAUAUUGAUAAAAAAAUGAGGGAAAGGCGCAAAUGGUUUGGCACCAGCAACACUAUGCUGACAGAUUAUAUUAACUAUAUGGAUGAGCUUGCCUCCUUCAUUGGGGCAAAGCCCAACAUCCCGUGGCUGUUUCUCACAGAUCCCAAAUUGGCUGUGGAGGUUUUCUUUGGCCCUUGCAGCCCAUACCAGUUUAGGCUGGUGGGCCCAGGGAAGUGGCCAGGAGCCAGGAAUGCCAUCCUGACCCAGUGGGACCGGACCCUGAAACCCAUGAGGACAAGAGCGGUUGGAACCCCCCUGAAGCCUUGCUUGCUUUGCCGUUGGGUCAGGCUUCUUGCUCUUCCCAUUCUGGUUGUUGCUAUUUUCCUGGCUUGGAUCCAAUGA